AUGGGGAUUGCAAUCAAUAAGUGGAACAUACAAGACAUCCUACAGGGACAAGGAGAGGGAGCCUUGAUCAAAACAGACUUUGCUCUUACCCUGGACUUCUUGGGCUUUUUUCGAAGAAGUCGAAGGAACAGCCGACAAGGUCUCAGGAAAAAUAUCCUACCUGUCCAGGGCAGUCAUGACCCGCGACACGUCAUAAAGAGUGAUGACGGCGCCAUAAUAAUUACGACUGGCAGUCUGGUGAAUUCUGUUCCUAGCAUCAAAAGGCAUCAAAUAAACCCCAAAGGCAACAGCAAGUUAGCGGGUUGUGAUUGUACGACCAAGCGAAGCAAUAAAGCGCUCGGUAUUUUCAAGAGCGAGCUUAUUGGCUAG